AGCGGACGGGCUCAGACGGACAGAGGGACUGGAACAAACUGCACCAUGAGAACAGCGCUCAUCGCCCUGAUUCUCGUCGCGUGCUCGUGCCACACUGCAGGCAAGAAGUUCCGCUGGUGCUGCGUGUCGGACCGGGAGCAGAGGAAGUGUGCGGACCUGGCCCGGGCUCUGGCGGCGGUGCUGCCCGCGGCGGCUGUGGCCGCUUUCGCCAAGCUGUCCUGUAUCCUGGCGCCCAGCACCGCGGACUGCAUCGGCAAGAUCCAGGCCAACCGCGCAGAUGCUGUGACUCUGGAUGCAGGAGAAGUCUACACUGCCGCCAAGCAGUUUGGCCUCAUUGCUGUUGCCAAGGAGAUGUAUGAAGAUGGCGGAUGUGUCCUGGCGGUGGCUCUGGUCCGAAAUUCCAGCCUCAGCAUCCGGUCUCUCCAGGGCACUCGGAGCUGUCACUCUGGAGCGCGCUGGACAGCAGGCUGGAGUCUCCCGCUAGGAUUCCUGCUCUCCCGGAACUACCUGCCCUGGGCGGAAGAGCAGCCACUCAGCCAGGCUGUCGAGCUGGAGGAAUGCGUGCGAACUCCACACAGACAGCAGCGCAGGGCCAGACUGAGCCCAGGGCCCCCCAGGUGCGAGGAUGGGUCAUCAAGGGCGAGCCGUUCUGCCCGGCAGGUGCUGUUCGGCCACAGGGGCCGGGAGAGGAGGCGGUUCCAGCUGUUCGAGUCGCGCGCGUACGGCGCCGCGGACCUGCUCUUCCACGACGCCACGGAGAGGCUGCAGGUGCUGCCGGAGAACACGGAGGUCAGCCGGGUGCUGGGCCUGGACUACAUGGCUCUGCUGAAGGGGCUGGGACACGAAGGCAGCUCCCUGGAGGACAGCGUGGUGCGCUGGUGCUGCAUCAGCGCCGCGGAGCAGCAGAAGUGCGAGCAGUGGGCUCUGAGCAUCAGGUCUGACCCGCUGGUGUGCGUGCGUGUCGCCUCCAUGAGACAGUGCGUGGAGAAGAUCAAGGCAAGGGCGCACACUCAGUACCCCCACUGCAGGAACAGUAACGCCAGCAGGCAGAGCUCCUGA